AAAAUGCGAUUGGAAGUUAUGAAUGUGACUGCAAUACAGGUUACAUAGAGGCAGAUAAAGGAUCAUGCUCUGAAUGUAGCAGCUGGUUCUUUGGAGAUAAUUGCAGUAAAGAAUGUUCGUGUAAUAAAGAUAACACUGACAUAUGUGAUCAUGUAACUGGUAAAUGCACUUGUUCAAAGGAAUGGACUGGCGAGAACUGUAAGGUUGAUGUAGAUGAAUGCUUGAACAACAGCAGUCUAUGUGAUGGAAAGACAAACUCUACCUGCAACAACACUAUCGGGUCUUAUAUGUGCAUAUGCAAUACAGGAUUCCAGGAUAUUGGGAAUAACAAAUGUGAAGAAUGCACUGGGAACAAAUAUGGUAAAAACUGCUCAGAAAUGUGUGGCUGCAACAUAACUAAUUCAUUAAAUGAGAACCAAGCAUGUGACAUAAUGACAGGACAAUGCAAAUGUAAAGCCGGUUGGUAUGGUGACAGCUGUAAUAAUGACGUUAAUGAAUGUGAAGAUAGUAGAAUCUGUUCAACUAUCAGUGAUACAACCUGUGUUAACACAUUUGGUUCUUUUCUUUGUGACUGCCUAAGGGGUUUUACGAAAUCGUCUGACGGAGCCUGUAUAAAAGAGAGUUUAACGACAACUGCAGUUCCUGGCAGUUCGUUUAGGCAUUCACUCAUAUUAGACUACGACCUCCCAGCUGAUACCAAUCUUCAAGCCGCUGACAUUUACAACGAAAUAAAAAAUGAAAUACUUUCUACACUGUUGGACUUCUACAAGACAUAUAUUGCUGGCUUGAUUGAUAUAAUAAUAAAUGAUAUAAGGAAUGGAAGUAUCAUUGCGGAUUAUACUGUUGUGUUCGGGGAACUCAACGAGAACGAUGCUGCAAAUCUAACUAAAGCUGUCCUUGAUUUAGAACAGGGUACACAAUUCACAGUGUAUGGACAAAAUGUCAGUGUUACGUCAGCGAUGUAUAAGGAUCUGAAACCAUGUGAAUUGUACAAUGCAACUGUCGGCAGUUGUAAACAAGGCUACCGGUGCAGAGUUGAGAACAAUAUUCCUAUUUGCAGGCUGGAAUAUGAAGACAAUGAGGUUAACUGGUCAAUUAUCAUUGGAUUAUCUGCUGUUGGAAUAUUUGUUAUUAUGGUUGCCAUUACCGUUGUGUUCGUGCGGCAUCUUUCAAGGAAACAAAAAAAGAAGAAACAGGACAUUCCAAG